AUGUUCGCUCGGGACACGGCGCCAUUCCACGCAGCACGGACGGGACAAGGCCCGGCCCGAGCCGCCUCACGGGGGAUCGCGCUCUGGAACGCGGCCGCCCGGGCACCGCCGGUCCUUGCUCUGCCUGCCAACACGCACACGCACACGGGAGCUACGCUCCCUUCUCCGUUACAACUCUGUGCUCUCUGUGUCCGCUCCUGCCCGCGCUGCGGGCCCGGCAGAGGAACAGAGCCGCGGCCGGGGAUUGGCUGCGGGGAGCUGCAGGGGGAGGAGCCAGGCCCGGGGAUUGGUUGCGGGGAGCUGCAGGGGCGGGGUCAGGCCCGGGGAUUGGCUGCUGGGCCGCGGGGGGCGGGGCCGCGCCGUUCCCGUGCCGGCCGGUGCGGCUCCCUCGGCCGGGGGGAAUUCCACACGCUCACGGCCAGAGUGCGGCGCUCUCCGAGCCCCUGCGUGUCCCCGUCGUGCCGCUCUGGCUUCGGCAUCUUCGCGCAGCGCUCCGCCUCUCGCCUCUCACCUCCCGGGGAUUCCGCGCAGCGCUCACCGGGAAGCCCCAGUGGUACGUACGUAGCGAGCACGGACUGCGGACGGGCGGCGGGCGCAGACUGCCAGCCCUGCCCGGACGGCACCUUCUCCAUCGCGGCGGGACGCGGCGGCUGCAGGAUGUGUCGGCAGUGCGAAGGAGUAUUUCGGUAUUUAAAAGAUUGCUCCUCAACAAGUGAUGCUGAGUGCACGUGCAAGGAGGGCUAUAGCUGCGGCGACGAUGGCUGCACCUUCUGCACCCGCAGCUGUGGUGUGGGCAAGGAGAGCACCAGGAACGGUUGCCAGACUUGCCGCAACGGAACCUUUAAUGAUCAGCCCAAUGGCUCCUGUAAGAACUGGACAAUGUGCUCUGGAAACCAAGUCCUGGAGCCUGGAACUCCAGAAAAAGAUGUCGUUUGCAGACAUGCUUCAGUUAAUCCCACUUUAGUCACUACUCUACCUACCACAUCUCUUGAAAUUCCAUUUUCUAUCACUGUGCCAGGGAAGGAUGUUCAAACAGACAUGAUCAGGAUUUCUGUCACUGUGGCUGGGUUGUCGUGCAUAAUCUUCCUGCUGCCUUUGUGCAUCUGCUUCAGUGUCUGGCAUAAAAAGAAACUACACACUGUCUUCAAGAAAAUGCACACACCUGAACAGUCAAUCCAGGAAGAUGAUGCCUGCAGCUGCCACUUCCCUGAGGAAGAACAAGGUGAAUAUCAGGACCACAAAUCCACAGAGUUCAGAGAUCUUCUGGUGAACUAGAAAUUUAACUGUCCAAGUCAGCUACAUUUGAAUUUUCUUUUGGAACACAGAACAAGAACCUGUUUAGACAAAUAGAGCUGGUGUCAGCAUCUGAGUGUUAGAGUGGAAAAAAGCCCAGCCACU